AUGGCAGUGGUUGGAGAUGGUGGGUACCCCGACGCGGCUCUGGAGGCAGGGAUUGAGGUCAGGAUACAGAAGGGGAAGAAGGAUGCUAGUCAGGAGUUCGAAGCAAGAACUGCAGAUAGCAGCAAAGAGGAGAAUAAAUCAACACGGCAUUACAAAGAAAAGAUGCAGGAGCAGGUGCAACGGCCGGGCGAGGAGGCGACGGUCGAGGAUGAGAGCAUCCUGACGCAGUUCGCCGAGAAACACCGACUGGAGGCAUUUAGCAUAAUCGACACGCUGCCAUCAGCGGUGCGCGACCAGCGAGUGGUCGAAAAGCGUCUCGAAAGGUUAAGUUGCUUCAGUGAUGCGCUGAGUGUCAGAUUCCGCCAUCUACUUGAUUUGUACCAGGAGCAACCUACUUUGCUUGAUUCCGCGUUGGAAACUAUGAUGAACAAGCUACUGGCUCAUAUAAAGUGGCCCGAUGUUGGACAGUUAAGAUUCGAUGAGCUCUCGAAUCUCGCAUUUUCACUGCUCGCUCACGUUGCGAAAGUUCGAGGCUACAAGGCUUUCUUGUCUCUGCUUCCGCAUGAAGUUAGUUUUCGUUUGCAGGGAAAGCUUUUCGGCUGGUUCCUCUCAGUCACAUUUCUUUCUGUCGUCCUGUUUGACUCACCCAGAUUUGUGCUUAAUAAAAAUUCUAACUUAGCCUUAUCUUCUUUUUGUGAUCGGUUUGGUUCAUUUCAUUUCUUUUUUCAUACUUUAAGCACUGAUUUUUUCUUUUUAAACACAAAAUUCUGCUAA